CGUAUUUAAAAACCAUACCCAGUUAAAGACAAUGUUAGAUUUGUAAACCGCUUUCUGUACUUGCAAAAUCAUUAGAUAGGCUGAUAAAACAUUUCAAAAUAAUUUUCAAUUGUCAAUUUUACUUUGAAGGAUGGUUUGCUAGUAUAUAAUUUACGGAAAAAUAUAAAUACAUUUUGGAUAAAACUUUAGAUCCGACUAAAAGAAAGUCAGAAAGUCAGUGCAGUUUGACAAGCAAACUGACUGCAAUUACGGUCGGCACAAUGAGGUCAGCUGUAGCCUUCACAUUCGUUCUACUGUUGAUGUAUUUGUCCGGUAAUUCAUACUGUGCGACAUACGACGAUUCUGUGAACUUGAUGGAUAAAGUGCUAGAUGGGUACGACGCUCGGCAGCGCCCUGUUUUAGAUCAAUCACAUGGCAUCGUCGUUUCGAUGGGGUUUUACUUGCUAACGAUUCAAGACUUCGACGAGGUGGCGGAAAAGUUUUCUGCAUACGGUCUUCUGUAUAUGACAUGGAGUGAUCAAGUGAUCACUUGGGAUCCCAAAGAUUAUGGAGACGCACAUUCGGCGCUGUUCAAGUUAUCAGAUGUAUGGUAUCCGAAACUUGUACUUACAAAUCCGUAUUCAAAACUGUCUGAUCUCGGAGAUGAUUGGAUGAUUGUUCGCAUAUAUAAUUCCGGAUACACAUCAUUUGUGCCCGGUGCAGUGUUUGAUGCCUCAUGCAGUGUUGACGUCACUUACUACCCAUUUGAUACACAGACGUGUUCGUUGGCUUUCAAUACGUGGGGAUAUGUUGGAACGGAAGUGUACUUGAUUCCUUUUAUGGAGGAGGUGGACACUACCCACUUUACUAAGAACGGGGAGUGGACCCUGAACUCAACCAGUGUAACCAGAAUUCCUGGCGGUCUUUAUACGUCGGACACGAUUUAUUUUAAUUUUUCAAUAAAACGCAAGCCCAUGUUCCUUAUUAUUAACGUGAUUCUCCCAAUCAUCUUCAUGGCCGUAAUAAAUAUGCUAGUAUUUUUGUUACCCGCUGAAUCGGGAGAGAGAGUUUCUUAUUCCGUCACCGUUCUGCUUGCUCUUGCGGUCUUUAUGACUCUUGUUGGAGACAAUUUACCGAAAACGUCAGAACCAAUGCCAGUACUAAGCUACUAUCUUAUGAUUCUACUGGCUCUCAGCACGCUUAUGACGGUGACAACUAUAUUAAAUUUGAGACUGUGCUUCAAGAAAGGCCAAGUACCAGCUUGUGUGCGAAGUUUGUAUAGAAUUUUGUACUGCUUCCCGUGCAGAUUCCGGAAGAAGAAAUUUCUCAAAAUCAAUCAAGUAUACCCGAUCGACGGUAAGAACAAAAACAAAAUUCCAGUUGUAACUGUUGAUAAUUCAGCCAAAGACGAACCAGAAAUUACGUGGCAAGACAUUAGCGUCGCCGUUGACUGGGUUGCUUUGGUAGUUUUCCUUCUUGGAACAAUAAUUGUCAACGCUGUAUUUCUUGUGAUUCUAGCGGAAAAUAAAGAUGUCGCUUUUAACAAAAAUUAGAGGGUUGCAGCAAUGUCAAAACAUAGUUUACGACCUUACCCUUUUGUAAUGAUGUUAAAAGUCUUAUGUAUAAAUCACAUUGAUCUUAAUUGUAGAGUGACCUUUAAUGACCUUUAAAUAACUUAUCAUGUCGUUCAUGACAUUGCUUUACAAUUAUAAAUAAUGCAAAAUAACACGUGACAUCUACAACAUAAAAAUGACUGAUUUUAGAACUAAUUUUCGAUUUCGAAAUUAUUAAACAACUAAGUUGUGUAACAAGAUUGUGCUACAGAAAUUGUACACAUUUUUGAUCACUUUACAUCGUCAGUCAGCUGAUCGUAAGAAUUACCGUGAUUACACUACUGAAAUGAUGUGUUAUAAUUAUUAUGUUCGAAAUGAUUUCAUUUAUAAGUACGCAAGUUAUCUUAAAGUAAGUUAUAAUGAAAUAAAUACUGCGAGUGUUUAUUUUUAUAUAUACAUGUGACUUUGGUCAAAACCCCUAAAUUAUCAGAAGAAAUGAACAUUCAAAAAGUGGAUUAAAAUAACAGAAAAUUAG